UUGUAGAGAAAACUGUAACCGUCCAUGUCUUGUCCACACAUUUCAACCCGCUGACAAACUUAUUGGCAGCAAUGUCGAGAGAAAACACCACUCGAAGUUUGGACAGCAUAGACCUCGCUGCUUUAAGGGAUCCAGCAGGAAUCUUUGAGUUGGUAGAGGUGGUUGGCAAUGGAACAUAUGGUCAGGUGUACAAGGGUCGUCAUGUCAAGACCGGCCAACUGGCAGCUAUCAAAGUCAUGGAAGUCACAGAGGAAGAAGAAGAGGAGAUCAAACUGGAGAUCAACAUGUUGAAGAGUUAUUCCCACCACAGAAACAUCGCUACCUAUUAUGGAGCUUUCAUUAAGAAAAGUCCUGCUGGACAGGACCACCAACUCUGGUUGGUGAUGGAGUACUGUGGAGCCGGCUCCGUCACAGACUUGGUGAAGAAGACCAAAGGGAACUGUCUGAAGGAAGACUGGAUAGCUUACAUCUGCAGAGAGGUGCUCAGGGGUCUUUCCCAUCUUCACUCCCAUCAUGUGAUUCACAGGGACAUUAAGGGACAAAAUGUUUUGCUCACGGAGAAUGCCGAAGUCAAGCUGGUUGACUUUGGGGUGUCGGCACAGCUGGAUAAGACGAUCGGGCGGAGGAACACCUUCAUCGGUACUCCCUACUGGAUGGCUCCGGAGGUCAUCGCCUGCGACGAGAACCCCGACGCUGCCUAUGACUACAGGAGUGACCUCUGGUCUUUAGGCAUCACUGCUCUGGAGAUGGCUGAAGGAGCCCCUCCUCUGUGCGACAUGCAUCCAAUGAGAGCGCUGUUUCUGAUACCACGAAACUCUCCACCCAAACUAAAAUCAAAGAAAUGGUCGAAACGUUUCUUGUCGUUUACCGAUAGCUGUCUGGUGAAGAACCACCUGCACCGACCCAACACCGACACCCUGCUGAGACACGCUUUCAUCCGGGAUCUGGCAAACGAGAGACAAGUGCGCAUCAUGCUCAAAGAUCACCUGGACAGAACCAGAAAGAAAAAAGAGAAAGAGGGUCCAGAGUAUGAAUACAGUGGCAGUGACGAAGAUGGUGAUGAGGUGACAGAGGAGGAAGGAGAACCAAGCUCCAUAGUGAACGUUCCCGGCGAGUGGACGUUAAGACGGGAGUUCCUCCGCUUACAGACGGAGGAUCGUGACGGGGGCAGAGAGGGAGGCCUCGGGGGAGGCGGGGGACAAAGACAACAGGCACUGCAGCAGCACAGGCAGCAGCUGGCAGAGCAGGAGCGCUACAAGCAGCAGCUGCUGGCCGACCGACAGAAGAGGAUCCAACAGCAACACGAGCAGCGGCAAAAGUUAGAGGAUCAAAAGAGACGGCAGCUGCCAGACUGCCCCUUUCAGUGGGCGGAGCUUCAAGAGGUCUUUCUGGGAGAGGAGUCUGAUCUCCAAGACAACAGAAUCUUAUUGGAUGAGAGAAACAGGAGGAGUGACAGGAGACAGGAGCAGACAGGCAGACAGCGCAGUGCCGAUGUGUCAGAAAGGCCUCUGGACUCCACCGCAGAGCAGAGAGCCGUGGCUCCAAAGCAGCUGCUUCAGCAUAAGGCCCAGCUACAGCUCCAGCCUCAGGCCAAGCCCCAGCAGCCUGCGGCCCAGCAUCAUCAGCCCUCAGCCGGCAGGAGGUCCCACCGCACGCUGCCCAAGGACCAAACCCAGCUCCUGUCCCUGCAGCACGACCACAGACACAGGGAGAGAGAGAGGCAGAGGCAGAGAGAGAAGCCUGGGGCUGUGGUUCAGAAGCUAACGGCUAGCAGUGGGAGCACAGCUUCUGCUGCUGUGGCUGCCUCCGCUCCCAGCCGCCCCGCAAACAGCCAGCGCUCUGUGAUGGACUACCAGGAAUCAAACCUAGCCCGGCUGCUCUUAGCUGCUGGUAUCCCCAGCCAGGUGCAGUCCAGGCUGGGCUCUGGGAGCAGCUCCAGCCCCUGUACUCCAGCCAUGCAGAGGGCUCACCUCAACCAGAAUGCCAAUUUGCGCUCAAGUCGAGACUUCCCUCACAGCAGCUCCAUGUCAGAUAUGGCCAUCUCCCCAUUGUCCCCAUUGUCCCCGUUUUCCCCCGUGUCUCCAACUGACGACGUCUUCUGGGACUCUGGAGCACCACCUAAGGUCCCAGAACGCACUACCUCUAAGUUCUACUGUCGCGAGCUGGUGAUGGGACACAAGAGGGCCGCUUCCAGUGGCAGUCCAGUGUCUGUGGCAGAUAAACGCUCAGUGUUUCAGGGAGCCCCCCCAACUGGCAGCAACCAUCCAGGCUUCUUCAAGCUGGAGAGUCCUCGUCUACAACACCAUCUCCAGCAGCACAGGAGGACCCAGGAAAAUACACAGGGUGUCAGAUCUGCUCUGGUUCGGCUGAACAAAGCCACAGAAUACUCCUCUUCCAGUGACGAGGUCGGCAGCAGCGAUGACGAAGACAGGAACAGGUCUGGCCUGUCGAACGGAAAGGGGAAAUACUUCAGAGGAAUACCUGAUGGGAUCGUGCUGCAGCCUCACCACAAUCUCAAUCAGAUUUCUCGUGUAGCUUCAGAUGACGCCUACAUGCUACCAGACCUUCUGCAGAAAACCUCCUCCUCUAGUCCUACCCACAAUGCACUGGGCCAGGAGCAGCGAAGGCGUGAACUGAACUACUCGCAGUCACCCACAGCCCCUCGAUCCCCCACACACCAGGAACUACAUGCCGUCAGCAGUUCGGCUGGUAAAAACACUUCCACGUCUUCCUCCUCCUCCUUCCUUUCGUUCAUUGAUCCAAGAUUGAUCCCCAUGUCAUCGCCACCCCAGAGCCCUGUGGGCAUUAAGGGUGAACUCAUCAAGAGGGAGAACCAUAGGAAGGGCUCGGUGGUAAACGUGAACCCGACUAACAUCAAACCGCAGAGCGACUCUCCAGAGAUCAGAAAGUACAAAAAGAAGUUCAACACUGAGAUCCUCUGUGCUGGACUCUGGGGUGUGAAUCUGUUAGUAGGAACGGAGAAUGGUCUGUGGCUGCUGGAUCGCAGCGGGCAGGGGAAAGUGUACUCGCUCAUCAGCAGACGGAGGUUUCAGCAGAUGGAUGUUUUGGAAGGACUCAAUGUUUUAAUCACCAUAUCAGGUAAAAAGAACAAGCUCCGUCUUUACUACCUGUCCUGGUUGAGGAACAAAAUCCUGCACAACGACCCAGAGGUGGAGAAGAGACAGGGCUGGACCUCAGUAGGUGACCUGGAGGGUUGUGCACACUAUAAAGUCGUGCGCUACGACAAGAUUAAGUUCUUGGUGAUUGCUUUGAAGAACGCAGUGGAGGUGUACGCCUGGGCCCCAAAACCCUACCACAAAUUCAUGGCCUUCAAGUCCUUCAGGUCGCUGCCUCAAAAACCGAUGUCUGUUGACCUCACAGUAGAGGAAGGCCAGAGGUUAAAGGUCAUCUACGGCUCCCUCUCAGGUUUCCACGCCAUUGACGUCGACUCUGGAACACCUUACGACCUCUACCUGCCGACACAUAUCCAGGGCUCCAUCCGUCCACAUGCCAUCAUCAUCCUGCCGAACAGCGCCGGGACGGAGGUUCUGGUUUGUUACGAAGACGAGGGCGUCUACAUCGACACCUACGGCCGCAUCACCAAGGAUACGGUGCUGCAGUGGGGGGAGAUGCCUGCGUCUGUCGCCUACCUCCAGUCCAACCAAGUGAUGGGCUGGGGAGAAAAAGCCAUAGAGCUGAGGUCGGCGAACACUGGGAACCUGGAAGGGGUCUUCAUGCACAAAAAGGCCCAAAAACUCAAGUUCCUGUGUGAGAGGAACGACAAGGUGUUCUUUGCCUCAGUGCAGUCAGGAGGCAGUAGUCAGAUUUACUUCAUGACUCUGGGACAGAACUCGCUGUUCAGCUGGUAACGACUGGACCUGUAACGCUGGGAUCAACUGGUGAUGUCUUCAUUGUUCUGGUGAUGCCUUUUUUAUUUUGGUGGCAACUCAUCUCCAUGGAUAGUUACACCAUACAAAGAUCAGCAAAAUAGUCUUGGAGCCAUCUUUCUAUUUUGUCUUGUGAAUGGUGAGUUGAUCCUAACUCCGGCUGAUGCGAGCACUGAAGGAAUCCAUCGCUCCAUCCUCCAAUACUGAAGCUUGAAUUGGCUGCUGCCUAACAAACGCGCUUUAGUUCACUACCCCCCCAUAUACGGAAGCAUUACAAGGUACAACUAGCAACUUUAGCAUCUGUGAAGUGAAGAGCACAAAAAAUAUUGUUCCCUGGAGUUUUUCCUUGAAGGAUCGCAUGAAUCAAUUUACCUGGAAGCAAAACAACCGGCUUGAUUUUGUAGUGACGUCUAAUGAAUACCAGACCAUCAUGUAUUUCUCCUGGAUCAUUAAGCCAUUUUCCCGUUUCUCUAAAGGCCUCCGUCAUAUCAGUUACUCCGCUUACCAUUUGUACAUAUCAGCUGUUUGCUCCUACUAACUUUAACAACAUCUAGCUGUGUAAUUGGAUCCAAACUUGUUUUGUUUUUUAUCUGAUGAAGUCAUGGAUAUUUAUCUUGUCUUCUAUUGUGAUGUCCAGCUGUCAACAUGUGAUAAAAAUGGAUUAAACUGCAAGAACACAAGUCCUUCAUCACUCCAUGGAUAUCACCAUUCAAAGACUAAAUUGGGACCAAAAUUCGGACAAAGUUGGACAACUACAAUGAUUCCAAAUGUUGUCGAUACUGCUUGCCAUUUUUACCUCAGUCAAAAACAAAUUUCACCAGGAUUACAGAAGAGCUACUGGCCCAAUUUUCAUGAAACUUGGUGAAAGGCAUGUGACAAGGAAGAACAUCUUUAAACAUGUAAAGGAUCCGAUACAAAAAGGGCGGAUACACACAUUAUGUUUAACUUGGGAAAGGUCAGCGCCCUUCUAAUUUACCUAAAAAAAAAUCUUUCAUCAAAUCCCAGGUCGAUGAACCAAUGCGGUUCUAAUACCUUAGCAGUAUUAUUUAUCAAGGCCUUCACUGAUGUUUUCUUCAUUACGGCCAAACAAAUUAGUCCCGAAUCUGUGAUUUCCAUAUCCUUUUAUUAGACAGUAUUAUAUUAUGCACCACCAACUGAUAUAUUAUUGAUGGCAUUUUCCUUUUCUUUUGUCUGAGGUGAAAGUAAGUCAGUAACCAACCCACACAGCAUAGAUUCAAUCAUUGAAGUUGAACUGAAUAUUUAAAUAUUCAGGAUCAAAUUACUGUUAUGACGACGUAGGUCAAUAACUUUUGGUUGUGUUCUGUUGCCAAAAAGAGCAGAUUUAUCUUUUUUUUUAGAUACAACAUUUAUUACUGCGCUCAUAUUAACCUGUCGCAUGCAAUCGUAUUCAAUGGUUAAUUGGCAGCAUCACAACACAAUGAAUUACAUUUAUAUAACCAAAACAAGAACAUUUCCACCAUUUUUUAAGAUAAUGAAAUCAUAAAAUGUAAUGGCAGACAUUGGUGUUCUUGGAAACCACAGGAGAAGCUUCAAAUGUAUUAGAGAAGACACCUGGUAGAGCCCUAAUACUUUACCCACUGUGCACCAAAACGAUGCAGCUAUUUUUUCAUAAACCCAAUACAGUUUCUCAUCUGUCUACACAUUCCGUCCACCAGUCAUGGACCAUAUCAUCUUAGCUUCAUUAUUCCAAAAUAAGGACCUAAAUAGCCUUGUACUCUACACAAGUAAAUACAAAACUAUUCCACAAUAACAGGCCAUUUUUGUUUUGUUUUUGUACAGCGUAGGGUGUAUAUAUUCUUGUAAGAUACACUUUUUUUCUAAAUAUUUUAUAAUUGACAAGCCAUCUUCAUGUAUGUGUACAGAAUUAUGAUCAGGCUUAUGAAUGUUAUUUCCACACUCUUUUGAAAGUUCAGGAGCCACUGACAGUGAACGUGAAGGCUCUUGGUCAAAGAUCAAAUGUUAUGUCUCGUGAAUUUUGUUUUGCUGUAGUAUAUCCUUCUUUUGAAAUGAUUUUGGGAUGAAAGUGGAGACAUUUAAAGCCAUUCUGUAGUCAGUACUGAAGAAAUAGCUGAGGCUUUGGAUCAGUAUUUCUUACACUAUCCAACAUGGGACACACGCCUGUUUUUGAUGGGUUACUUUGAGAUGUUUUCGUUGAGCCUGGAUCCAAUGAGCUGGGCCUGUAGUGUAGGUUUUUUUUCUUUGUUUCCUUGAUUUAUCUGUCAUUUACACAAUGAAACACCAAAGAUGAGGGCUUUGAGAUACCGAACAAAUCCCAACUGACUAUUUGGUGUUAAGAGAUGAUCUAUGAUUUAAAGGUUAGCGAUAGGCAAAUGUUAUUAUAUACUGUAAAAAAGACCAAUCAGACGUCUGGAGGCCGGAAGAACCUCCCCGAAAAGAAGUGUCUCUUGCUAAUCCAACAGAAUUAUAUGCAAUUUAAAUGUUGUACUUUCCAUUAAAUAGAAACCUUAUACUGUAUGUCUGCUUUAGUGCUGAAGAAAUAAUUGGUGUUACCUUGAAAUGUGAAUUCGUAAAUUGUCCAUGUUUAAUAUACCCUCCUUCGUCUGACUUUGCUCAAAUGGCUAACUUUGUUAUUCUUAUACUCUAUAUUAUAUUUACUUUUGAAUGUUGAGGCUAUCACAAAUGUUUUAUAUUCGUUGAGUUUUCUUUAUGGACUUGAUAUAAAUAUUGCAGCUGGUUCUGUGAGAAUAUUUUAAACUGGAAAAUGAACUUUCUGAUAAAGACUGUAUCAUUGCUAAGUUCUUACCAAAAUGCAUACAGGUAGCUGGGCCGCUGGACCAGAUAGCUAGCUAACAUGGCUACAGUACAUGGAAAUACAGGAGUUCUGAACUAAUCCAAACAGAAUUGCUAACUAACAUGUUUAACCUUUCAGGGCCAAGCUAGCUAGCGACAGUAGAUUUAGCUAACUUUGCUAGCUAACAGCUAAUUAGCUUAGAUAGUAGAGAGGGUAUCUCUUCAUACACAGUUACUUAAGUGCGCAGUUUCCACAUGAGAUUAAAAAAAAUGCACAAAACUAUAUUUCUCACACUAUAAUUCAAAUUAUAGCAAGUAAGAAGAGUUUUCGGACUGGCCUUCGUGUGGUGCUAGUGAUCACGUGUCCGAAUGACACUUCCCAGUCUUUUGUUUAAACUCUCUAAUUCUUUCCCAGCAAACUUUGUGAGGAAUUUGUUAGAGAUCAUUUGCUUUUCAAAGCAAUAAUGUACAUUUUUGAGGACCAUUGGUUUAUCAUUGUUAUGCAAUCAUAUAACCAUGACAGAUUUUAUCAGAUGGGUUUUAAUUUGGCUAAUGUAUGAAUUCAGUCGAGUAGAAAGUGAUACUUGGAAGUUAAUAAAUUGCAAAGACAGGUUACCAUCCUUAUAUUGUAAAGUUUUAGCUCUGUAUGAACGUUACAUUGUUUGACUUUGAAAGCAUUUUUUAGUAAUAAUCUCUGUUUGGUUUCACCAAAAAGACAUUACUUUUCAUGUUUUCAUAUCAUCAUGCUUUAUCUGCAUGGCUCUUCACCCUUCUUUAAAAAAAAACUUUUCUGCAACAGGCUAUCCAGAGUCAGUGUCACAGCUAAUCUAUUUGUCUCCUAAAGUUACAGGAGACACAAUGAGGACAUUUUAGUGGACUAUUGGAAAACCAACUUCUCUGUCUUCUCCUUCACCUUUUCCCCCUGUGAACAUUUGAGUCAAGCUGCACGAAUGAGAUAUAGCUCAGUGACUCCCGCCUACACCUUCCACUGGUGGAGAUGAUGUUCCAGGUUCGCUGUGACUCACAUCUCCGACUCUCCCACUUACUCUUUUUCUCUCAUUUUGGCAGCGUUUCUGCUCUCAGCGCUGCCUUUUAUUCCCUCUGUAUCUCACGCUAACGUCUGUCAUCAUUCUCUAGCUUUUCCUUUUUCUCCUUCUCUCAUGUCAAGUGUAAAUCCACACCCACCAUUAGUCAAUGGUUACACCAGCUCAAGCAAAGCUGUAGAGACAUUUCAGUAUACUGGAGGGAUAAAGGAUGUGUCCUAUUUCUUAUUAAUUAGAGGAAGAAUACGUUGUUUCUGCUAUCUGCUGCACUGUUCUUUUCAGGCCUUGUGUACAAGCUUAGCAGAUAAAGAAAGUGUGUGUGUGUGUGUGUGUGUGUGUGUGUGUGUGUGUGUGUGGGAGGGUGUGAUGUAGAUGGCAACAGGUGUUCAGUAAGCAGGAAUUCCCCUGGGGAAGGAAAGACAGUGAAUGGAAGUAGAUGGCUUGAGUCAGGUGUCAGCUAACAGAAGGAAAAUGGAUGUAGCUUUUUAGAUGCAUGUUUUGCGGUUGCCUCCUUGGCAUAAAGAGCUCAAUCUCAGAAAACUUGUAAAAAUGUGAUGAAAGCAUUAUUACCGCCGCCAUACCAUUCGGUUAUAGGUUGGGUUUUUCACUUCUCUGCAGGAUUAGGGAAAGAGUACUUACCAGAUUUCCAUGAGACUUGGUGGAAGAGAGUAGCAUGGGGUGAAGAAAAACCCAUGACAUUUUGGAGCAGAUCGAAAUCCUGGGGAGGAUACACACAUUUAUUUUGUAUUUUCCUUACUACUCGUGAUCGGACUAUCGCAAAGGCCAAGACCAACCUGCUUAGGCCAAUGCACUCCAAAAUGUCAUGUAUACUUCCUUUUCCGGUGCUACACCUUUCCACUCAAUUGGGCCAGCAUAAUGUUCUGUUUUGCGGCAGUAAAACGGGGCCAACAUUUCAAGGAGGUGCCACACUGUACAUGUGGAUUGAGAAUUUGAAGUUAUCGUGGGUUAUGAUGAGUAGGAGGAAGAGGAAGUAAGGAUAUGAAGGAGAGAGACUAAUUAUACACUUUUUAGGUGUGGAUUUAUGUCUUAUUUGUUUCCAUUGGCCAAAUUGCUCUCUCUGAUAGAACCAGUCCUUGGUUAUAUAUGCUAAUAUAUUAUAGGAAUGGUGGACAAACUCUGUAACGUUUUCAAAAUAGAAACAGCUUGCAUCAUGGAGUUAUAUAUGUCAGUUGACACAGGACAGCUGUGUUUCUUGUAAAUUGUAAAGUCUAAAGAAUCCAAAUAUUAUAUAGAUAUAUAUUUAAGAAUAUACAUUCCCCUUAACCAUUUCAUUUUGUUUCCGUUCAAACCUUUUUUUAUUUGUUUGCACUGGAACUUUGUUUGAUGCAUUAUACACUGUAACUCCUGCUUUGAGAUCAAACUUGUGUUUCCAUGUAAAGACGCAACAGACAGACAACAAUAAAUAUAUUAAAUUGUG